AUGGUAUCUGGUUAUUUCAACAUCGGCGACCAUACAUUCCCGUUCAAACUGACACUGCCCACGUGUAUCCCUAGCAGUUAUUCAGGUAAAUAUGGGUACGUGAAGUACGUGCUGAGAGCCGACAUGGUCGCUAACCGGAGGGAGACAGAGGAAGAUCAGAUAGAGCUCAAAAUCUUCGCCCCCAUAUAUCUAAAAGAUAUGCCAAACGUGUCGAUGAAGGUUUCUGCGAAAGUGUCUCUUCCAACACAGAAAUAUAUCACGGCCAACCAAUUGCUGGCCUCAGAUCAGGGACCUGGGGCGCACCCUCACAGUUUAAAAACCUAUUUGUCCCACAUAAAGAUCCCCCCUACAGCCGAAAUACCGAAUUUCCAGAAGUGCAAUCUCUUGUCCCACAAGGUUUUCUUAGAGGUCACCGCUGUAUUGAAGAAUUCCCCCAAGAGCACAGUAAAGGUGGAUGUAGAGUUAGUCCUGGGACAUGGUUUACAAGAGACACAUGGUACAACGUCUAAAAAUGCGAAAGAUUCAAAGGUAAUCCGCCACCCUGACUAUGGCUUACUAUCACCGCGUUUAACAAGAACAACCCAUACUAAUCCUAAACGUUCCACCACGGUACGAAAUACGUGGCCUUACCCUACAGAUGGUUCUACAUCUCCUCACAGUUUUGGUAGUAUGAAUCCCCUGUAUUCCCCUGGAAGAAGUUCCUCCUGUUCAACAGAAGAAGAAGCACCUUUAUUACCCAGACAGAUGCCAAUGCCACCAGCAUCUGCCACUGGGGACUAUAACUUCCUGCGGAUUCCUACUACAGUUGGCAGCACUGCUCCACACCCGCCUGAAGAACCACCUCCCCACUCAACUACAAGAAUCGCAGAGUUAACUUCAAUGCCUGUGCCUUCAAAAUAUACUUGCGAAGGCCGUAAAUCUAUUGGAUUCGUUGUGCCGACAACACGAGCUGUUAGUGUCUCCGCAGAAGAUGUUCGUCCUUCGGCGCCUCUUCUGUCUGACAUCAAAACGCCCCCUAUAGCUCAAAUAAACGAACUUGACGACGAGUUUCAAUUUGUGUCGAAUAGAGUCUCAGCCCCACCCAUAUUUCAGUUGCCAACUCCCCUCACCGAUAAAGAAAGAACUGAUUGUCUAUUGUUGGCAGAAGCAACUGGUGUUCAUUUGGGAGUACCACCUUCGUAUGAAGAGACUUACUGGUCCAAAUAAGAAGACGACUAACACAGGCGUCGUAAAAGAAAUUUCAAACUGCUCUUGUGAUGUAUAAAAUGAUUUUAUAUGCAAAAUGCCUAAUGUAACUACCUCAUAUAAUAUUCAAUUGCAUCUGGAUUGGAUCUAUUGCCAACCAAUGCUGCUAGCU